AGAGCAGCAUUUGGGUGAAUGGAAAUGUCUCCCCUUUCGGCUGGAUAGCGGGCUGUGACUGAAGCAGAAUUUGGAAAAAACGGAACGGCCCAGUAGUUAGUAUCGCCGUGGUCGUGCUCCGAGAAGCAAGUGUCGUAGCUUCAUCCCCUCUGGAGUGUGUGAAAACAUCAGCGAGACAGUAGUUGGAAGCGAGUGAGUGAUUUACUGCCCUGUGAAAAGACGUCCCGGAAUGGAAGCUGUGAUCUUGCUGCGGUGAUUUAUUUUUUUUACGGUUCGUUCAGCUACGAAUUUUCCAGUCAAGUGUAGGAAAAUGUGAUAGACUCAGAUAAUUGAGUUUGGUCGGAUAGCGCUGGAAUUUUCGGUGCACUGGCAUGUGUUGAACGAUGGUUACAUUUUGGAACGGAAAUUGAAUUUUUUGCAGCCUGUGAAAAUUUGGUCCGAUUGGGAAUUUUGAGAGCCAAAGGAAGCGAAAGGGGUGUGCGGGCGAGGCGGUGGCCGUGUGUACUACGUCGAUGUGACUGCGACUUUUUUUGGCAUCGGUAUUCCGUGCGUUCGUGUGUAAGUAAUCGUGUGCCCGCAAACGGCUACCAGGAAGCGUUUUUGAAUUGGCUAGUAUGUGUUGGUACCGUGCCAGUGAUAACAGACCAGUGCGAAAACUCACACAAUCAUAACAAAGAGGACAUUAGCAUCGAGCAGGAUUCGUUGUACCGUGUCUGUAUUUGAGAUUUGCUACUUUAUCUCACGGCAAGCUAUUUCUUGGUGUCACUACUCGGAUUAGGAAGUAAAGUGCUACUCUACAUGCUCACAUGAGUGAAAGUGGUUUCGGGUGUUUUCUUUGAUUGGAAUAAAAAUAACAGUGAGUGUCCGGAGGUUGUCCUUAACCUCAGGUUAGCGCAGCCAAGGAUAACUUGAAUUUACAUAAAAUGGAUAGCUCGCCGGAUUUGUCGUUGAAACUACGUCGCGGAUCUAGCGAUUCGCGUGACUCAUUCUAUAUGGAUUUCGCACAAGGCAUCGAUUCGGACAUCGAUGAUGUGACGUGUGCUUCCGGUGGGGCAGUAUCGAUACCACCCAGCGGAUCCCAGACGGGAACAAGUGUUACUACCCCAAGCACUUUAGCGCCUAUCACAGUCAGCAGUACUGCCAGUAUCCCGGAUGUGACCGUUCUUUCGGCAUGCGGUACCAGUCAGUCCGGAACCGGGAUCAUUCCAGAGGAUCCGGAAGAUCUGGAUGACGAUACGGAACUGGAACCAGUUCCACCACCGAUGCCGGAUCUUGCCGAUCAUCCGUCUGUGGCAGCUGGACUCGGUAUGCCGUUGCCACCAUUACCGAGUUUGGAUAUUGACGACAGGGAUAUGGAGCUACCACUGCAACCAAUUAUGCCAUCUCCAUCGGUGCCACAAAACGCGAUCGUGUCACCGGAAACGUUCAGCACACAAUCGUCUCCAGCACAAUCUUCUCAACACCUGGAAGCUACCACCUCAACACCAGCUGCCGCUUUUCAAUUGGAAGCGUCAUACCUCCCACCACUACCCGAUGAGUUUCCUUUGCCCACGGAUGAAUCUCGAGUCGGCUCCUCGGUGGACACAGCGAGCAAAACCCAUCACGAAACAUCUUCGACGUCGUCGGCUUACCAGCGAAUUCAAACACCCACGUUUAGCGUUAAGACAAAUCCAGUUGUGAUUCUCCCCGGAGCAGCACCGUCGGCGAGUUCCGGUGCACUGGCAUCCCCGUCGAACCUAAACCAGCAAAGCCCGUCUGGGGUAACGGCCGGGACAACGACCACCACCCAGCAUCUGGCCGUUCUGUACCAUUCUCAUCAUCAUCAUCUGCAUCCGAUCCUGAACACCAACCGUCGACCGUCGCGACUGCCGGAACCGGUCUAUUACCAGCAGCGGGAGGUUAAACCGGGCGAAGCACUGGCCACUACGCUGUCCGCACUCUACGGGAAGCUGCUGGUGGUGAUGGGAAUCGCCUUUCCGAUGGCCGAAGUUAUCUCCACUUACAUUCCGCCUUCGUUUUAUGAGGGCUUCUAUCUGUACCUUUACAUCGGCAGCAUGGUGUUUCUGUUUUUCAUGUACACGACACUGCUUUGGGGAAGACCGAAAACUCCGGUAGCUUCACCGGUCAAAUUAUCAUCAAGUAAAAAAGUUACACACCGCAGCAGCACUUCGACGGAUAGCGGAGAACGGUCAGAUAGCGAAGCAGACACGGCCAGCUCAGAGCCCAAGGUGAUGAUUCCGAUGCGUCGAAUGUCGUUGUCUACGGCAAUAUCCGCCUCUCGGAUUCAACACUUCGGCAGCUUCUAUUUGCGGAUGGGUGCCGUUGCAUUUGGAAUUGGAAGCAUGAUCUACUCUGGACUAGAAUUCGGACAAUACUUCGAGCUGGAACGGGACACCAAAUGCCACAACGUACUGCUGGCAUUAACUCCAGCAACCCGAAUGGCCUUCAUUUUUAUUCAAAUGUAUUUCAUAUUCCUGAACAACGAGCAAAUAAAAGUAUAUCGCCACAAAAUUUUGGCUCGAUUCGGUUUAAUGCAUAUGAUUGGGACUAACCUGUCGGUGUGGUUUUCGGUACUGAUCCAAGAGACGAAACACGAGAUUUUGACCUUCUAUAACCCGGAAAACCGUACUCUUCGGAUAUCGCAUAGAUUAGGUAAUAAGCUGAUACCGCAUCCGGUGGAAACUAUCGCUCAUCUACGUGUUGCCCGAGGUCUGAAAGGUCCGCAUAAUAUAUUCGAAUGUCGGCGGUCCAACAUAAUCGGUACACUUGUGCAGGAUGCUUCCCCCUUUCUAUUUCCGUGUACGAUUGAAUAUUCUCUGAUUUGUGCAGCCAUUUUGUACGUGAUGUGGCGCAGUAUAAGUCGGCCUCAAAUGGAUCCAGUACAACGCCAUGAAAAUCUGCUACCGAUGAAACGAUCUCCUCACCAUUACUCAGUCGAUUGCGCUGGAGCACAUAAAGGACUUUUCAUCGGGAUUUUGAUACUGGUCCUGACAAUUAUUUCGUUGAUAUUAUUCUUCGUAUUGAUCUCAAGGCCGGAGUUCGUUAGUCUGGCCGUAACAGAAGUUAACAUUUGUGAACUUACGUUGUAUGGGACGACGACCGCUGCGACCUUAAUCGGAAUGAUCCAGGUUCGACACAUGCAGUACGAUGCCUUCCGAAGCUUCAGUCUGGAUGACAUCCUACUCGUAGGUGGUCAGACAGGUUCAUUCCUGUACAGCACCUUUACCGUUAUCGGAGGUCAGUUCAUGAUGCGUAGGGACACGGUUUUGGUCCUAAUUACGGCUCUGGCAUCUCUAGUGGAAACCGCAUGCCAAACUAUGUUCAUUUUGGAUGCCAGUCGGAGAUCAGCAGCCACACAGGAACACAUACGAAAGAAACCGGGUCGAGAAAUCGUCACCUUUCUGCUAGUUAGUAACUUAGCCAUGUGGGCUAUCAACACGUUAGAAAAGUCCCGGGCAGAAUCGCAUCCAAUCCAACUGCACUUCUAUGGCCUCUGGGCGUGGACAAUCAUAACGCACGUCUCCAUGCCACUGGCUAUCUUCUAUCGGUUUCACAGUACGGUUUGUUUAUGUGAAAUUUGGAAGCGGGCGUACAAAAUGAAACCGGCUUACAUGUAAUGCAAUCCUGAACACAGCCAUUUCCGGCCGCAUAUCUGCAAAUGCCAAAAUCCAUUCGAUGUGAUUAGGAGUGCAGCGCACUCAACAAGGACGUGAAACCGCAUACCUUCUAGUUUGUUACACAUUUCUAUAACCAUAAGACCUGUUCCACAUCAUCGCUCAAACAGCUUGUCUCUCUCAUACACACAAGCACUCACUAAUCCAGUUCUAAAUUACUUUCUAACUUUUCUAUACUCGUAAUAACUGUACUCAUUCUAUGCCCGUAGACUGGAUCUAUUCGUGUUUAUCCUACCAAGAAGAAGAAAAGUCCUAUAGACAAUGUUAAACGAUAUAAUCAAAUGGCAAAUAUUGAAGAUAAAAAAAACUGUCGACUAAAAAUAAUCCACUUAUAGAAAACGUACCUUUGAAAGACGAAGGGUUCUUGAAAAGCUCAUACGAUAAUGAUAGAAACGUUCCAAUCAAUAGUAACUACCUACACUGUCCAAAUGUACCAAGUAGGGGAUAAGAAACCAGAACCAUCAAUAGCAUCCUAUAAAUUACAAUAGCCCACCGGAAGGAAGUCUUUUUAGAACGGCUAGUUUUAUUGUAACAAAUGAAGUCAAAUGAAUUUUUUAUCGGAAGUUUUACAUCUUUUUAAUAGAAUUUUUAUACAAGUAAACAUAGUAGCGGCAACAGUUUCAAACUAGGCAAUCCCGAUGACGAAUUGAACCGUGGCAUUUUAAUUUGUAAUUUAUGUUUUAUCAUUUCGCUAAUUACCUAACGGAAAUAUUACUUAUACUAAUGAUUUACAUGCAUUCUUAAGGAAAAAAGAAUAUUCACUUGCAAAAUUGAAUAGUUGAAUGCAACUAUUUGACGUAUUACAGAUGGAAAACUCGUGUUUUUUUCUAAGUAAGUUGCACUUUCUCGAAUUAUACUGCUAAUGAGCAAUUCGCCUAAUUAUAAAAAGAGCAAAUUCAGUAGCUGCAAGAUUUAUAUGGGUGGUCUAUAAUAUAACUGAAACUGAAACAAACGUAUCCACUCCUGAACAUGCCCUAACAAACAAAGAAAAUUAAAACGACUUUUUAGGGUACUGCCACAGUGAAUGCAAUUUGCGAAGCUCCAACACACGCGUGCGAACUUGUUAUAUUCAAUCAAAGCAAACAUUGCAACGUGUAAAUGAUGCGAUAAUAGUGCAUCGCAUCACAUUGCAAAUCGCGAUCCCCACCACGUAGACGUCACAAUGUGUUACUAACGAUGCUAGUUCCGUGCACCCAUCAUAAUUUGUAUUACGAUCAUAAUUUGAAAAUGUACAGCGUUUAAUAUGCGCUGAGCACCUGUCAAACGCUCCUGUCGCAUUGAAGUUAUUGUCAACGAAACAUCGUUGAAAAUGUGAUGUGUGUAACCCUUGUUCUGUCUACACACGUACAAUCAAAAUGGGUGUUCUCCAAAAAUUCUAACAAUGACGUUUUUUAGUUAUCUCAGAUAAUUAACCGUCACCUAUGACAGUUUCUAGUGAGUUUUCUAUUACUUGCCACAGUAAAAUAGUCAAUCGGGAUAGCGUAAAUAGCUUGUUUCAAUCGAUCUAAAGAAAAAUCAUAUACAGAACUAAAAUAAUUAAAUAAAAUUGAAAUUAUUCCGAAUAAGUCAGUGUUGCGAAAACAUCUAUUGAAGAUCUAUCGUCAUGGUCAUUCAGUAAGCAAUACGAAAUUCUUCUGCAGUAUUGUUCUAACUCAACGGUUCGGGAACAAACAUGUCAAUAGAUAUUUAGACAAACGUUAGAGCAAUCAUGGAGACAUCAAACGGACACAUGAUGAUCUCACCUAAUCGCAACUGCUCAACAAGUCGAAACGAAACCGAUGAAAACGUCUGAAUUUCUAAAGUUAGCAUCGCAUAGUUCAUGAUCAUGAACUCAUUCAUCACACAUCAGUAGCCGGUUCGAAUUUCUAGUGAAUGUUGUUAAACGAAAUCCAACAGGAAGCCAUCAAAAUGUUAUUGCAAACAUUCCCGGUUACAAACGCACACCAGACACAAUUCAAUCGUAAUGGACGGCGGCGCCAACUGCCCUCGUCAUUUUGAGAACAAAUCACAGUAGGUCAGUUUUGUUGCGUUCAAAACACACCCGCCGUCAAAAGGGUCUAUUUCGUUAAACCAGCAAAACUCUAAUUGCGUUGGGAGGUACAUGUGUAGUGUAAAAAAAAUAUUUCGUUUCGAUAAUAUUUCUAAAGCAUACUUUAAUUUGUUUUGGAGAAUGUUUCAUUUGACGUUUUGUGAAAAAAAUAAUUUCAUUUUACAAAGUUAGUUAAAUUGCACCACCCUGUUAAAUCGUGUCUGCUGUUCUUACCAAACUAAACAUGUGUCUAUUAAUGAACAUGAGCAAACCAAUUGAAAACCGGAAAUCAUUUUCAAUCUGUUACGAUCAGUACUGAAGCCAGUACUAGUGUUUCCUCCCAGUACACAAAAAUUAAUCUAUUUUCCGACAUCUGCACCGUUUGAUUCACGGUUGGAUUAACAGGUGCAAUGCAAAAUCUACUCAAUUCAUUUAAUUACUUGUAAAGCGAACGAUAUUCCUGUUUUUGUCAAACUGUAUUGUCAUUCAGAAUAUUUCUUUAAAAUAUUCUACAAACAAACGAUUUCUAAUGAAACUAGUCAAUGUUACAUUUCUACCAGCUGUUCCCAAUUGAUUAGCUGAGUUAUGGUUAAACAGUCCGGCUUACAGAAGCACAAAAGCAAAACAAAAUAGAGCAUGUGACAUUAGACCGACCAUCAGUUCAACAUUACACGACGCAUUCUAUUCAAUUGAACGACAACUGGGGAGAGGGACAAUAUGUUAAAUAAUAAACAUUCAAAAUCCGAAACGACCAACCAAGCGACGUUCCGACUUAGAUCAUCUAAACAUGACAGCUAAACGAGAAUUCAAUCGAGCCAACACCGAUUAUAGGACAAUGAACAAAAAUACAGCCGAGAACAAAAGAUUUCCGCUAUGAAAUUUCUACUAGAAUAACAAUCCGACAGUAAUGGAAUACGCCGACCAAAUGUCAAAAUGAUCGCCGCCCAGUAAAACAUGGAUACAAUUUAGUGUAAGCUAUCCGAAAAGUCGAACAAGAAUUGUAUGAAGCCUUGAGUUCCAUUUUAAUCAUGCCAGAAAAUAAGUGGAAUGUUAAAUAAAACUAACACAUCGGUCGAAUAUUUAUAACAGUGGAUAUCUCCGGUGAGAGAUCUACAGAAAGUCGUGUUUUCUGUUUUUACCUGUUAGUUUGUUUUUAUAUGUGCGUAAGAAUUAAUCGCUCUAUGUAAAUAAUCGUUUUCGCAUAUAGAAAUCUUCGUGCAUAAGAUCAUCAGAUGAGUUUUUCGCAUUGGGCUUGAACUGAUAUUAUUGAAAGAUGGAAAACUUAUGUGUUAUUAUAUAAUUAUAUCAAUUAUGCGCGAUUUUCUUUCCUACUGAAUAAGUUGCGAAUGUUGUAUAUUGUUAUUUUGAUCUAGAAAUCCAACCACAGAAAUGCCAAACUGAAAGAAACACGAAUGAAAAUCAAAACUGCUGACUAAAAGAAGGUAGAUUAUAAGAUCUUCAUACGCGAAAUAUCGAUACUGAGUUAUAUUUCAAAUUUUUACUAGUGCUAUAGAAGGACAAAUUUUAUUGUAAACGCAUUUUUAAAGUAUAUUACGAUGAUAUUGAACGUAAAUAAACGCAUAUUUAUACAACA